UAAACAUACUGGAACGCUUUAUUAAUCUCUUCAAGAAUUUUGGACCGUCAUAUAUUUAACAAAAAUAUGAAUAAAAUAAAUAGGUUUUCAUCAAAGAAAUAACUAAAGAACUAAACCAUAACAAAAAACUAACAUAUCCCUCGAAACUGAGCAUGUGAAAAGUGAAAACUGCUACCAAAAAUGAAAUGAACAAAAACAGUUUUUGAAACAGGAAAAAAUUACUAAAAACAAUUAAUUUGUUAUCAAUUAGUUAACCAAAAUGGUUGAACCGGCGAAACCGUUUGCCUGUACGAUGCCAGAUUGUGGUAUGACGUUUACAAAUGAAGAUCAUUUGCAUGUUCACACCAAAAAACAUGAUAUGGUACUUUCUUUGGGUAUGGAGCAAAAAGCAGCAUUCGUUGCUGACCAGACUCCUACUCCAACACGUUUCAUAAGGAAUUGUGAAGAGGUUGGCCUGUUCCAAGAUCUGCAGAAUGUCAACCCUUUUGAUGAGGGCUUUAAAAGGGCCAUGGAGGCUAAACAUGGCAUCCUAUCCCUGGAGAGUGCCUUAUCAUCAUCAGAUGAGCUGCACACUCCUCAGAUGGUGUUCCCCAUUGGUGAUGGAGACGCCCUCUACAGUACUACUAAUAACCAAAGAAAUAUUACUAUAAGCAGAUCCUCAAGCGACGAAUCAGGCGCAGUCAAAGAAUUUGAACGAACAACAAUUUCUAAGUUAACAAACGAAGUUACAACUAUAAGUCGCAUUGUAGGCAAAACAGAGGAAAAAGACGACAGAAAUAAAGAUAUAAGAAAAGACUCAGUUUCUUAUACAAAUAACGUUAUUAAAAUAAGCAAUAUGGUUCGAAAAGACAGUGUAGAUAAAAACCCGGUACAGACCUUAAUAUACGAAGAUACAGUCAUAAGAGAUAGUAAUGUAUUAUCAAAAGAUUUUACAGAAAAAGCUCAAGAAGUGCCUCCAAUUAUGAGUCAGAAAUCCUUAGACUUUAUAGUAGAUAGCCUUAAUACAGAUUUUGAAGACACAGCUAAGAAGAAACCUAAAAGCGACGCAGAAGAUUAUGAAGUGAUAAUAAAACUGCCAAAUGGUAAACAAGUCAAAAUGCGAGCAGUCGAAGAAACAAGACCAAUGGAAGAAGAAAAAACUAAUGCAAAAGAAGUUUUGAAAAAAGCGCUAACAGAAAAAGUAGAAUCCAAGAAAACUACGCAAAGACAGACCAGUGUUAAUAGUGUUAAUUUAGUGCCAAGUGUUGUGGUACCAAAUUUGGUACCUGGUACUUUUAUACCAGUGACUUUUACGUUUCCUCACGUGAACAAAGUGCCUAUUACACCUUUGAAAAGUACGGAAACUUUUAAAAGACCUGUGAAGAGAAAAGUUAAGAAUGACAAAGUGGAAAGUAGUAAAGAAAGUGAGCAAAAACCUGGUGGAAGUAAAAAAACUAGUGCGGUCAAUAAUGGGAAUAAGGAUUUAGUUGGUAGAUCAGCAGCUUCAAGAAGAUAUAGGGCAAGAUUAAAAGAAACAUGGAUGCAACAGGCUCAAGAGAAUAAGGACCUUCGAGAACUGAAUGACAAACUGUUAUCAGAGCGAGCAGUUCUGAAAACUAUUAUCACUGAACAUCUGAAAAAGUGCCAUGAUGCUGCUGACUUGAAAAACAUUUUGGAGAGAUUAAAACAUGCAGAAACGACCUUAUAGUGAAGGAGUUGACUGAGCUCCGAAAUACAGCUAGUAAUUUGGUAGAAAGAAUUGAUGAAAUGAACUAAUGAACUAGGCUCAAAAUAGGUAGGGAGAAAUUUCACUUAUUUUGUCAGUGAUUUCAAAGACCAGCCCAGUUACAGCCUUUUUAUCGUCCCACUGCUGGGCUGCGGCCUCCUCUCACAGGGAGAAGGACUGAGCAUUAAUCACCACGCUUGCUCAAUGCAGGUUGGUGAUUUCAGACUUAAUAGUCCAGGUUUCCUCGAGAUGUUUUCCUUCACCAUUUUAUCAGCCAUUGGUGGACUAGCCCAGACGAUCAAUAAAAUUGUGCAAUUUUUUAACCGUG